UCCUAAUUCCGGUUGACAACAAUGAGGAACUUUCUCCUCUGACUUUCUCCUGAAGUGGCAGGGACGUGGGAUGCUUGGGACGGGAUGAGGAGAGAUAAAAAGCGGGCAAAGAUGUGAAACGCAGAGGAGUCUUGAUAUAGGAAUAUUUCCUUGUUGCCUGAUAAGGGAAACAUGGAGAAUUCAAGUUCACCUAACGCUACGACUGCUUGGAUCCCCGCUGCGGCGCACCGGGCGGAGAUCCUGGAGAACCCGCUGCGGACGUAUCUCCUGGGAAUCAUCAUCUCCAUAUGUGGGAACGUCCUCAUCAGCAUUUCCCUCAAUAUCCAGAAAUACGCCCAUGUUCGUCAGGCCCAGCGCGGCUCCAAGCCCUAUUACACCUCCACCAUGUGGUGGUGCGGCGUGGUCCUCAUGGGUAUCGGGGAGCUGGGGAACUUUGCCGCCUACGGCUUCGCCCCGGCGUCGCUCAUCGCCCCACUGGGCUGUGUGUCCGUCAUUGCCAGCGCUAUCAUAUCGGUGGUUUUCCUCAAGGAGACGUUGUGUGCCGCCGACAUCGUUGGGGGCUCCCUGGCCAUAACGGGAACGUACCUCCUGGUGACCUUCGCCCCCCACACUUCCACACACAUCACAGCUCACCUGGUCCGCUACUACGUCGUCAGCUGGCACUUCCUGCUUUAUCUUUUUAUAGAGGUCGUCCUGUUUUGCAUCCUGCUCUAUCUGUACAAGAGGAGGAAUGUGAAGCACAUUGUCAUCGUGAUGCUGCUGGUGGCCCUGCUUGCUUCUCUUACAGUGAUCUCAGUCAAAGCUGUGUCAGGGAUGAUCACAGAGUCAAUAAAGGGCCAGCUGCAGUUCAUCUACCCCAUCUUCUACGUCAUGCUGGUUGUCAUGGCGGCCUCCUGCGCGUUCCAGAUCAAAUUUCUGAAUCAGGCAAUGAAGAUGUUUGAUGCCACUGAAGUGGUCCCAAUCAACUUCGUGUUCUUCACCGCCAGUGCCAUCCUUGCAGGGAUAAUAUUUUACCAGGAGUUUGAAGGCCUGGCUUUACUGAACAUUUGUAUGUUCUUGUUUGGCUGUCUUCUGUCCUUUAUUGGAGUUUUCCUGAUAGCUCGAAACAGGCCAAAGAUAAAGCAGCAGGAUCGCAACUUUAUUGAAAUGGGCAAGGUUCCUGGAAGAAGACACACAGACAAAGUGCAGCCGGAGGCGAGGACUCAAACAUACGGAUCACUGGCAGCCAAACUCAUGUGCAACAGAUCUGGCCAAACAGACGACUCAUAGGCCCGGCUCCAUCUGUCGGGACUGCUAUUCUGGUGAAAUUGUUCGGUGCCUGCGUCUCUUCCUGGUGUUCAACAAAAUAUCUGUUUAUAGAGUGAAAUAAUAAGAAUCAGCCAGAGCCGUUGCCAGCCAACCGCUGCUAUCAGUCAUCACGUUGUUAGGGUUUGCUCUCCAAAGUGGCGAGAAGCUCUGUAUUCUUGAAAAAACAAAUGUGCUCAUCUUUCUGCAUUACUUUCAGCAGUCAAUGUUGGUGUACCUGAUGAAUGAAAAACUGACUCCAAAAUGAGAUUAAAACCCUAAGAUGAAAAACAACACACGCUUCACUAAGCAGAGGCUUUUAUUUUUGAACAGAAGUGAGACCACAAGGUGACAGAUUGCAUUUCAGUUGAACACGAUUGUGUUUCAGAUGAAUAAACGGGUGUUGGUGGGUU